GAUAUUCCGAAAUUUCAGGAGCUUCUGACGUACUACGGAAAGGAGGUCAUCGAUUUCAGUGUGGCGAAUGUGGAAAGCUCUUCUCCAGUGCGUUAGGUUUGAAAGUUCACACUCAAUCUGUUCAUGAAGGUAAAAAAUAUCGGUGUGACGUAUGUGGGAAAGAAUUCACUGAAGCUAGCAAUUUGAAGAAACACAUGGAGUCAAUCCAUGGAG